AUGUUUCACUGGGACUUUUGUGGGCUUUUGUUUUUCACUUUCACACUUUUUCGCUGCUACAAUGCACGGUUUGUGGUUGUGGCUCCAAAUCUGAUCCGGACUGACACCGAGGAGAACGUGUUCAUUCAGGCCGAUGCCGAAGUCCAAGUUACGAUCCAGUUCAAAGACUACAUCUCUGAGAAUGUUCUGAUAACUUCAUACGUCCUUCUCAACAAUCGAAACAAGUUCCAUGCACUGGCGCCCGUCCAGCUGCCAUCGGACAAUUUUAAACGAGAUGAGAAAGUAAAGCAGUUUGUCUACCUGGAGGUUCAGUUCGGAAAUCAGCACAUUGAGAAGAGAGCUAUCCUGGUGUCCUUUCAAUCUGGAUACAUCUUCAUUCAGACGGACAAGCCCAUCUACAAACCAGAACAAUUCGUCAAAAUACGUGUGUAUGCCACCUCUCCAUCCUUCAAAGGCAGUGAUUCAAAGUCAGUAUCCAUCGACAUUAAGAAUCCAGAUGAUGUUGUGGUCGACCAGAAAUCCUACAGGAAACCAAAUCCAUUCGGCAUCGUUCCAGUAUCCUACACUAUUCCUAAAAUCGGGUCUGAAGGAAAAUGGACCAUACAUGCAAGAUUCGAUCGCAGGCCUGAGAACAACUUCAAUACCACUUUUGAUGUAAAAGAAUUAUGUCCUCCCUGA